AUGUAUGUACUGUACUGUAUUUUCCAGACCUUUGCUCUAGCUGGUCUGGCUGCUGGAGUGACCGAGGCAGUCGUUGUGAACCCAUUCGAGGUCGUCAAGGUCCGUUUGCAAUCCGACAGGAACCCGCAUGCCCAGCGAACAAGUGCCUGGGUUGUCACUCGUCAAAUCGUGUCCGAAUCUGGCUUCGGGUUCCGGGGAUUGAACCUGGGCCUGACUGCGACUUGCCUCCGCAACGGAUCGUUCAACAUGAUCUACUUUGGCUUCUUCUACUCGGUGAAGCCAUUGUUGCCUCCAAGUGAUGACGAACGGAUUGAAGUGUGCAAGAAGUUGGCACUUGGUUUCGCUGGUGGGAUUUUUGGCAGUAUGUUUAAUCUGCCAUUUGAUGUGGCCAAGUCCAGAAUCCAACGUGGUCUGGCUCCGGACAAGUACAAGACUACUUUUGGAACAAUGGCUGUGGUGCUCAGGGAAGAAGGAUUCAGAGCUUUGUACAACGGACUCUUGCCGAAAUGCCUCAGAUUUGGACCAGGAGGUGCGAUCAUGUUGACGGUUUACGAGUACGUCUACGACUUCUUGAAACUCAAAUUCCCCGACUGAAGCGUUCCAGUUUUCAGUAUUUUUCGUGUGGAGAUGGUUUUACGAGGGACUGGUGUAACUUUAUGAGUUCUGAAGAAUUGUUCAGCAGCAUAGUGCAAUAUUGUGAUGGGAUUUUUUUUUUUUUGGGAAACAUUUGCCCGCGGCCAAUUCGUUGCGUUGUUCGAUACAUACUGACAUUUACCUUUUUGAAGCGAGAUUAACAAAGAGUUGCCUGUUCACAAAAA